UGCAGUCUCCUCCCCCGUAUCCUCACUGUGCGGUCUCUUGCUGACGUGUCUGCCUGUCUCUGCUCAUGUUCCCUCCCCCCAGCAGCCUCAGGACACUGCCACCCUUCAGACAUGGCUGCGGCCAGGAUCCACAUUUCCCUGCUGGCUCUUGUUCUACACAUGGCGCACAGCAGCCACACUCUGGAGCGCAGGUUCUCCGAGCUGAAGCGCUGCGCAGACGAGGAGUGCAGCAAGCUGAUGUGCAAGGGGAAAGCCUUAGACGAUUUCACAGGACCAGACUGCCGUUUUGUGAACUUUAAAAAGGACGAAGCAAUAUAUGUGUACCACAAAUUGGCAGGAAGAUCAACAAGCCUUUGGGCGGGGAAAGUUGGCAAUAAUUUUGGAUAUUUCCCAAAGGAUCUCCUGGAUAUAAAACAAGUUUUCAAAACAGAUGAAAUUGAAUUACCAGCAGAUGACACGGAUUUUGUAUGUUUCGAGAGUGGAACAGAUGAUUUUGACAAUUAUAAUGUUGAUGAACUUUUAAAUAAACCAAAACAAAGCACAGAAUUCAAGGAGGGAAACAAUUUAGAAAAAGAAACAAAACCAGGGGAUCCACCUGAUGGUGAGUCAGAGGGCAUUGAAAAAUCUUCUCAAAUUGAAAAUGCAAGUACUGGGGAAGAUGAUGAUGAUAGACCCUAUCAAACUAAAAUCCCCCCAAGCUCAGACAAUAAAGAAGAUAAUCAGAAGACAAAUAAGGAGGAAGGUAUAAAUAGUAAAUUAGAAGAUUCUCAGGGAGGCAACUUUGCAAAUGAUUCCAAAGAAUUGCUUUUAGACAAAUCACAAGUGCCAGGUGAAAAUGCUGAACAUGGCAGCAUAUCUCAGGGAGGAUCUGCUGGGUCUAAUGAAGACAUUAAUGCCUAUUCAGUUACUGAUAAAGAUGCCAUUCAGAAUUUGAAAACCCAAAUAGGUGCAUUACCUGGCACUGUAGUUACUGGUGCUGAGGAUACAAGACAUGCAACAAAAGAAUACACAUUCACAGAUGAAGACACAGAAGAGAAUAAAAAAAUCGAUGGUGUAGAAGAAGGAAAAGAUGAACAAUUAAAUGAGCCGUCUAGGUUAUCCUACGAAAAGUUAAAUGUGGAGAGAAUGGAUAUGGACAAAACUGCGUCACUGCAAAAUGAAUCAUCCCUUGACCAUCAACAAGAUCCAUUCCCUAGAGAUGAGGUUAAGACUACAGAAGGAAGUAUGGGACAAGCAACACCAGUAAAGCAAGAAGAUAAGUUAGUGACUUCUUGGGGUGACACAAUCUUUGCCAUAGUUACUGGUGGUGAAAUAACAAAAGAAGUCACAAACUUUGAUGAAACGAACUCUGAAGAAGAAACUGAGGAAGAAGAAGAUAAAGAGGUUGAUAUAAAUGUCUCAGAAGAAAAAACAAAAUUUUUGCUUGGCAUGGAGAAAACUCAAACUCUGCAUAAAGAGCACUCUACUGACAAGGAAAAUACAUUUUUGCACAUAGAGAAUUUGGAAAAACUAGAACAGUCCCAAGCAGGGUCUGAUAUUGACACAUUACUGGAAACCCCAAAGAACUCUUCUGGCAAUUUGAUCAAUGAGUCUUAUGAUGAUGAUGCUGCUGCUUCUCCUCCUUUCCCAAAAACAAAUGAUGAGCCUGAAUUGUUAAUAAAUGGACAAAUUACAGUAACAAAAACUGGAACUAAAGAAGUCGAGACACUAGAUGAACAGCAGUUAAUACAUACAAAUACAGAAAAGUCUGAUGUUGAGCAUGAAUCUGCAGUGGAAAUAAAUCAAGUAGUAAUCAAACAUACAUCUACAGAAGAAAACCCAGCCUUAUUGGAUGAAUCCAAAAAGGAAGAAGUUAAAGGAACAGAAGAUAGUAAGAUAAAUGCUGGUAUACUAGAUCUUGCAUCUACAGAGAAUGAACCAGCAGUAUUGCAUGACUCCAUUAAAGAAGGUGGAGAAACUGUAAAUGGUCUGAAAAAAGAGGGUACAUUAGACCCCCACCUUCAAGAUGGCAAACUUGCAUUUACAGAGAAAGAUCCAACAGUAUCAGAAGACUUCAAAAAAGAUGAUGGUGGAGAAAUGGAAGAUGGUCAGAGGAAAGAGGAUAUACUAGACCCAGAUCUUCAAGAUGGCAAGCAACCAGCAGCAUCAGAAGACACCAAUAAAGAAGAAGUGGAAGAUAAUCUAAGAAAAAUUGAUAAACUAGACAAAGAUCUUCAAGAUGGCAAAAUUGCAUCUACAGAGAAAGAACCAACAGCAUUGGAUACCUCCACAAAAGAAGCAGGUGAAAAAGCAGAAGAUGAUCUUCAAAAAGAGGGUACAUUAGAUCCCGAUCUUCAAGAUGACAAUCUUACGUCUAAAGAGAAACAACCUGCAGCAUUAGAAGACUCCAAUAAAGAUGCAGUUGGUGAAGCAGAAGAUGACCUGACGAAAGACGAUACAUUAGACUCCAGUCUUCAAGAAGACAAACUUACAUCCACAGGAGAAGAACCAGCAGUAUCUGAUGACUCCAGAAAAGGAGGAGAAACUGAAGAUGGUCAACCAGACCUUGAUCUUCAAAGUGGCAAACCUGUAGACCCAGCUGUUGGCAAGGCACUACCAAUGGAGAGUGCAGCCUUAGAGCACUCUGCUGCAGAGGAAGGAGAGAACAAAGACCCAGAAGAAAUUAAGAACAAAGCAGAUUCUUCUGACACAGCUGUAGUACAAGAUGAUAAACCACUGGAAAACACAGAAAACUUAUUGCCACAGACAACAGAAAAUACUGUAGGCAACAGAGUAGUAGACCAGUCACCAACCAGUCAAAAAACUACUGAAGAGAAUAAAAGCAGUGCUGUUGAGGAAUCAGCACUUGCAGAAUCAGAUUCUGUAGACCAAGACGUAAUAGAAGAAGAUAUUUUAUCAAGUGAACUACCAAACAUGCCUGAAGGAAUAAAAUCUACUCACCAGGAGAAAAGUAGUACUGAAGAAGUUGUAGAUCCUGUAGAAGAAGAAGAAGCUCACAAACCCCCAAGUCCACCUCCAUUUGAACAUUCUAUAAAAGAAUCUGAAAUCCUUAGCAAAGAUACAGAAGAAUCCAAAGUAAAUGCGCUGAACAGUCCAGAACUAGAUACAAGAUUGUCUAAAGAUGCACUUUCCGAUAAAAUUGAUUCCGAAAAGAUUGAACCAAAUUUGAAAGGACGUACAACUCAAAAUAAUAGCCUUAAUGGUUCUGAGCCUGAUACUACCGAUGAACAAGAAGAUUAUGAUGAAGACCCAAAUGAAGAAAAUCAGAUGGAAGAUGAAAAUGCUGUGAGUGCCGUAUUUUCUCAGCAGAAUAUGGGAGAAAAUAAAGAAGAAACAAAAGAUCCCAUUAAUGAGAAAGUGGAGGAAACUUCUGGUAGCCCUGAUAAUCCCCAGGAAAGUAACGAAGGCAGAAUUGAAGCAGAUAAAACCAGCCAGAUGGAUCUUAUACAGGAGGGCAACAAAACAGUCCCUGAAGUGCACUCCAGUGAUGAUGAAGAUGAUGACUUAACGUCUUACACAGAUGAAAUUAGAGACUUGGUGAUCAUAAGAUCAUAUUUAGAUGAUGAACACAUAAAUGAAUUCAUAAAAUACCUUGGUCCUGAAAAUAUAUUAAGGGUGGAAGCCAUGUUUCAUGACAUGGAAUCUGAACUGAAGCUAGCAAGAAAAGAUCAUAUAAGACAAGACUAUAUUGACAAAGCUUUGGAUGAAAUCUUGGAGUCAUCAGAAACAUAUAUUCUUGAGUUUGUUGAGUCCAUCUUGGACCAGAGGGAAGUAGGCAAUGAAGACAUUGCUGCCGCAGAAGAGGAUAUGCUUGACAAAGAAGCAGCUGUACUGGAUGAUAUCCAAGAAAUUGCAUAUAAGUUGAGAGAGAAACAUUCAGCCUACAGUGAUAGCACUCAGCUUGCACCUGGAGUACAAGUAAAAGAGCAAGCUUCGCCCUUGGAGGAAAAAGAUGAGCCACCUAAUGAGGAAACCCAAGAGAAAGAAAAACGUAUAGAUUCAGACAAAGAGGAAGAUGUUGCUGAGCAGCACAUAGAGGAUAAAAAAGGGGCUUCUGAGAUGGAAUCGCAUACUGAGAAGAACAUGGAACCCCUAUCCCUUUCAGAGCAUGAUGUAAAACCCUCUGAGGCCUCCCCACCACAUGCACAUCCCACUGAUGCCAUACCGGAGGAAACAAUCCUAAAUGAAAAUGAACCUGAGCAAGAAAUGACUGCUGGAGUGGAUGUCAAGAGGAAUGAUUUUAUCACAGAGAAGGUCACAUUUCCAGAAGCCAUCCAAUUGCUAACCAGUUUACUCAACACUACCAAGCAAACACUUGGCCCUUUCACAGAAUCGCUUAUUUCAGCACUGCCCGAAGAUAUCCGACCCGGCCCUGAUUUCCACGGACUGCAAUGGGAAGCAGUGAUUGUUACAGGCUUCGUUGGACUGAUAACUGUUAUCAUUUUGUUCUGGAGAACCUGCCUAUCAGUCAAAAGUAGAGUUUAUCAAGUAAAUGACAAGCAGCUGGCAGAGAAGAUCGCAAAUCUGGUGAAGGAAAAAAGCGAGGCCUUCGAAAAAAUAUCUGAAUAUGAACUAAAGAUAAAGGAAGCCAAAGAGUCUGAGUCCACUACACAGAAGAAGAGCACCAACCUGCUUUCUGAAACUGCAGCUCUCAAGGCCACCAUUAAGGAGCUAAAGGACUCCAGCAAAAGUUUAGAUUCAAAAAUGAGGAACCUAAUGAACGAACUAGACUCUCAGAAAGAGCAGAGCAAGACGAAACAGGAACUGAUCAGUGAGGGUCAGAAAUCCAUAGAGAAACUUCAAGAUAAUCUUUUGGAACACACAGUUGAACUGUCAGAGCUUCAGGUAACUCUGAAUGAAGUAAAACUGAAAGAGGCAAAAGUGCGAAAUGAACUGCGGGGUUUAAAGGAUGAGAACUCCAGACUCAAAGAGACGAAGGAGCAGCUGCUGAAAGAAGCUGAAGGGUGGAGUGAAAGACAGAGAGAACUCAAUGAGCAGAUAGAGCUACAGCAGAAGUCUCACAAAGAUCUGGAGGAAUCCCUGGCCUACAAAGAAAAUGAGAUUGAGGUUUUGACCAACUGCAUCAUGCAACUAAAACAUCUUGAAGAGGACUCAACAAUGGUAGAAGAUGGUAGCCGGCAGCAGCCAGGGGAUGCGGAUUUAGCAAAUGGAGAGGUUCCAGAGAAGCAGAAGGAGAAAAUGAAAGCACAGAUUAAGCAGAUGAUGGAUGUCUCAAGGGUAAAAACCACAUUAUCAAUAAUUGAGGAAGAAACAGACCUCUACAAAAGAAAAUUAGCAGAUGAGGUUUCUGCACGACAUGAACUUGAAGAACAAAUUAAGCUACUUGAGCAUGACAGCAGUUCUGUGCAGUCAGACAAGACACGCCUGGACAACGAAUGCAGAACUCUGCGUCAGAAAGUUGAAAUCCUCACUGAAUUGUACCAGCAGAAGGAGAUGGCUCUUCAAAAGAAACUUACGCAGGAGGAGUUUGAGCGCCAGGACAAAGAGCAAAGGCUGACUUUUGCUGACGAAAAGGCCAUUGAGGCUACUGAAGAAGUCAAAAUCUACAAGCAACGAAUUCAAGAAAUGGAUGAAGAACUACAGAAAACAGAAAGGUCCUUUAAAAAUCAGAUUGUGAGUCAUGAAAAGAAAGCACAUGAAAAUUGGCUCACUGCUCGGUCAGCUGAGAGAACUUUGGCAGAAGAGAAACGAGAGUGUGCAAACCUGAGGCAGAAAUUAAUUGAAGUCAACCAAAGAAUUGCAGAGCUCCAGAGAACUGCCAUUGUGAAACCGAUGCCAGGACGGCCUGAGCACCAGCAACCAGUAAAGAGAGGUAAUCUGAGCAGAGAUGGCUCGUUUGGACCUUCCCCUGUAAGUGGGGGAAAUCCUUCACCUCCUCUAAUGAUGGAUGUAUCUGGAAGGUCGUCAUCUGCCAACCUCAGUAGAUCUGAGGAUCCUAAAGGUGACUUUGGUUCCAUGGACAUUCCACAUGGACCAAGGCGUUCCCAAGCUGAUAUGUCUGGGAGAAUCUCUGCACCAGUGGAACUUAGCCAUUCAGCUUCCAUGGGCCCAAGAACAUCCUCUCCCUCGAUGACCGUGGAUGGCAUGCCAAAUCCACCUCAUGAGCCUGAGGCCCCAAGUGUGGCUGCUAGCUUUCCCCCACCCGACGAAGUGGAGUCAGUCCUCCUUGGAGCUAAAGGUCCACCCUCAUUUCCUGGAACACCAGUCAUGAAUUCUCCUGCACCCGCCGGUGUGAUGUCACAGCCUCCCUUACGGAUGAUUGGUCCAUUUCCUCCAAGAGGACCAUUUGGACCUCGACCUCUGCUUCCUCCACAAAUGCCUGGAAUGAGAGACCUCCCACCAAGACCAUUGUUACCACCUGGUAUAAUGCCUUCAGAUCCAAGAAGUUUUAUCCGUGGACCCCUUGGCCCUAGGGAUUAUCCCCCUGGUCCUAUGCCGCCUCCUGGUCCUAGAGAUUAUGCCAUGCUACCUCCAGGACUAAGGGACUUCCCACCUGGGGCCCCUGGUCCUCGGGAUUUCCCUCCAGGAGGACGAGACUUCCCACCAGGUCCUCCUCUAGUAAGGGACUUCCCACCUGGACCUCCUCUAGUAAGGGACUACCCACCUGGAAAUCCUCCUCUAGGGGCGAGAGACUUCCCACCAGGACCACUGCCUCCAGGAGUUAGAGAAAUGACCCCAGGAAUGCCACCCCCAGGAGCAAGGGAGUUCCCACCUGGUCUACCCCCUCCAGGGACAAGAGAAUUUAUAGGAGGACCUCCUCAUCCUGGUUCAAGAGAGUUUUUACCAGGGCCCCCUCCUCCAGGAGCAAGAGAUUUUGUCCCUCCUGGUGCUAGAGAAUUUCAACAUGGCCCCCCACCUCAAGGAGUCCUGCCCCCUCGUCCACCAUCUGGAGCAAGAGACUUUAUUCAAGGUCGUGACUUUCCUCCAGGACCUCAUCCUGGAUCCUUCCCUGUAGGCCCAUCACUGCCUGAUCAGCGUGUUCUCCCUCCUGCACAGAGACCACCCGUACAGACAAACCGCGAACUCCCUCCAGAACCCAAACCCUGAAAAGGUUGCUAUGGAAACCGAUGCUAGGUGGGGGAAAAAAGUACUUUCAGUAGUUUCCUAUUGGGUACAGCGUUACUGGUUUACACAAACCCCCAAUUUAUUAUUUCACUCGUCCAAUAGUUGCAAUAAAUAUUUUAUGCUCUUUGUUUUUUGGGGGGAUUUUUAAUUAUUAUGGAUUUUGCAAUACAAGCACGCCUGUCCCCCCCCCCUCCCUGUAAUGUACCAGAGAUAACCAUUAUUUGUCUUAAAGAAAUGAAUGUCAACAUUUCCUGUGGAAAUACAUUUUAUAAUGACAUUAUUUGCGACGGCUUUUCCACGCUCAGCUGAAGCCUAGACCACUGGUUUACAUAGAAUAAAGAAUUGUAUUUAAUGUCUGGUUGGGAAUACCAGAAGCGCACACAACCUGUAAAUCAGAGAAUAAUUCUAAUAAUAAAGACUAGGAAAACUUC